AUGAUAUUGACCCCUGAGGUUGGCGAUGAGAGUAAUCAGUUUGAAAAGGUGCCCUGGACCGGAGCCGACAUGAGAAAUCACGGAUCCGGAGUCCCUGUAUUCCAAGAAGACGAUGAAAACUCCGUCCAGGCGAAGAUGAGUUUCAUCAUUGUUUUCCCGGCGAGAAAGGACAAAGAAUAUGAUUCCAAUGAGAUCUUAAUACAGAACGGGCGCGACAACCUGCCAGCUUGCAAGCCAUCACACCACUUCCACAUCGAGUACCAUCCUUGUCCAGCGAAUGAGUCCCGUAAGAUCGACAUCGUCAAUUACGGCCACGCUGUCAAAGUCACGCAUACAAAGGGUGUCAAUUUCAUGUACGACGAGAUGAUCAAAAUCAACACAAGGGACAAUGUCUCCUGGAUUAUUGUCAACCAUACUCAUCAACUCACACGCGAGCUCGGAAAGCUCAAUGAUACGUUUGACUACAAAGUGGACACAAAAUUAGUCGACAGCCGCGCUGCCAUCUCCACCCGCGCAAAGCACGACCGACCUCGCGUCUACCGAAUGAGUACGCUGAUCAAAUCCGAACCAGAAGACAGCGCCUGGUGGAAGCCAUACCUCGACGAAGCCUGCCAACGAGUCUCAGAAGGCGAUUACGUCGCUUCGGACAAAUCUCGCGUCACCUCCGCCUCUACUUCGAGAACGACGAGUACGAGGAAUUCGAAGAAGAUUGAAGGCACGAAAAUGUACAUGAAAAAUACCCCCGCUGCGUUGACGUUUGAAAUGGGCGAGAUGUUCUUCGAUAAGCUGACGAUGCUCAGAUCAUCAAAAGGCAAGCGUGGUAAUGGAGAAGAGCAUGGUCAAAGUUGGAUCAGUUUCGCUGGCAAAUUGGAGCUGGACAAGAAACUUCUCACGACAAGGCAAGAAGAAUAUUUCAAUCCGAUGAAGAUCACCCUCGGCCGUUUGGGUCCAAUGCCACGAAAGCCUCACACGCCAGAGUUUCUCCAAAACCACCCAGAUGUCAAGCCUGUUACUGCCUCCUUUCACGCCUUUGGGAAAAACUACACGACGAACCCGGUGCAGCAGGAUUCAGUUUGCGCGCUAAACACGUCGUUCGUGAUUCUUACCGGACUGAUCCCGAAAGAGAGGAUCGCUGAUCUUUUCAGACGGGUUAUCUUCCGAUUUAGAGUUCAUGAUCGGGAUUUGAUCCAGAGAGCCCAGAAAUCAGUCAAAACAGAUCCCGUAUGGAACCGAAUCAACCCAAGUCGACUUUCAAGCGCAAUCAAGACACCCGUUCCAAAUUCUUAUGGGGAGGCGAAACUUUCACUUAUUGACUUUGCCAAAGGAGCGAAAAGUCUCACUGUCAGUCUGCCCGUUUUUGGAAAACAGAACACCUUGAUGAAAGGAUACAAAGGGCAGCUACUUCCUCUUUCUCCCGGCGCCUUUGUUGACGCUGGAACAGAGCUGGAAGUUACAGUGCAAGUAAAGUUUCCGUAUAAAUUAUCCUCUCCACGGGUUGAAAUGAACGAGCACACUCCAUACGGGCUGAUAAUGUUCACAUCCGCUGGCGGAGCAUCAACGAAUCUCGACCUUCUCAAGGAACACGUCAAAAAGCACAAUGUCGAAAAUGAUAAAGACUCAGAUCUACACGCGACUGGAUAUCAUAUACAAAUUGGCCAAAUGCAAUAUUUAACGGUAGAAGGGCCUGCGAAUGGAAUCGUCAAAGAUCUUUGGGAAAUUUCGAAGCAGUUAAAUAAUUCAAACCUAAGCUGUCUCUACAAUUCAAGCAUAUUCUUCUCAGAAAGACGUUAUAUAAAUCAGCAGCAAGACUUUUCCAGAAUAUUAAUUGAAGCAAAUCUAAAUGACUUUAUCUCUCAAGGCUGGGCGUACAGUGGAACUCGCAUGCCUAGAAAUGCUCUAGAAACAAUGAUCAAAAUAAGCUGCAUCAACAGAUAUAGAAAACUCGAAGGUCUUUUAUCUGCUGAUUUACUGCUAACAGAAGACGAUCUGAGCUCAAUUACCGACCGCGAUUUCGACCAGAUUCUUUCCGGAAAAUGGACUGAAGAAGGAGAAGAGCAAGAAAAAUCCUCAAAGCCCGCAUGA